CCGAAAUUAUUAAGUGUUAGCCAAAAUGUGCAACAAACUCACCCUCUUGACUCUGACGUACGUCGUCGUGUUCGUCUCGGUAGUGCAGUGUGAUAGCGUUGAAAGCAAGGAUUUCUUUAGCGAAGGCACAAGCGUCGGCCGUACGUUUGGUCACAAUGCUCUCAAACGCCUGUCGUUCAUCUUCUUACCAGUGAUGUUCACCUUGGGUGUCAUCUCCACACUCCUGAUGGCACUCGCCGUCAUCUCUGUGAAGAACUUAGCCAUUGGAGUAAUGCUGCUUAUUGUGGCUGUCAGUCAGGCUGUAUCCAGGCUGUUCUUAUCAGCUGCAUCGCCGGCCUCCUUGGUUCACCUACACCCUCGGGCUGAGCUGCUGCCAGCGCCCGCCAUCCCCGCCCCCUGGCCAGCACCCGGCCCUCUACUCUCGCCCUGGGCCAGAUCUGACAACGACGCCCCUAUCUCUGACUAGAUUAUCAAUAUAACUCCAGUGCCUGCUAGGAAUGUAUGAAGAAAGUCAUGAAGGAAUAUAGAGCACAGAAACUUUGCAAAUACUUAUACACUGUGCACGACAUAAUUGUCAUUUGCGAGACG